CGAUGUACGUCUUGCACUGAAAACAAGACGAGUUCAUCACAUCAGCUUUUUCUUUAUUUAGUAUUCUAAGUUUCUACUUAGUGUUAAGUUAAUACAAAUGUUUUAAAACUUAAGCUACAAUGGCUGCAACGACAAGAGCGUCUGUGUCGCAGAUAUUGCGCAAUAAAGACGACGCUGGCGAAGAAGAUGAUGAGCCUAAAAAGAAGUCCCGCGAGGACUGGCGGAAGGCUAAAGAGCUAGAGGAAGCUCGGAAAGCUGGCACUGCACCCGCUGCCGUCGACGAAACAGGCAAAGACAUAAACCCGCACAUUCCACAGUACAUAUCUUCUGCACCGUGGUAUUAUGGGACGUCCGGGCCAACACUCAAGCAUCAGAGACCUCAGGAAGACAGGGAGGCCCAGUUUACCAAACUUGACACAUUUUACAAUAAGGGUGUUGACACAACCAAAGUAGCUACCAAAUUCAGGAAAGGUGCCUGUGAAAACUGUGGAGCCAUGACACAUAAGAAGAAAGAUUGUUUGGACAGACCUAGAAAGAUUGGUGCUAAAUUCACAAGUGCAGGCAUAGCACCCGAUGAGUUCAACCAGCCCAAUCUGAACCUCAGCUACGAUGGCAAGAGGGAUAGGUGGAAUGGCUAUGACCCGUCGGAACACAAGGCUAUCAUUGAAGAGUACAAGAAAAUUGAGGAGGCUAAAAGGGAACUGAGAGCUAAGAAGUUGGAACAAGAUCCAACAGCAGUAGAAGAUGAUGAUAAUGCGGAAGAAGAUGAAGACAAAUAUGUUGAUGAAGUGGACAUGCCCGGUACAAAGGUGGACUCAAAGCAGCGCAUCACAGUACGUAACCUCCGUAUUAGAGAAGACACCGCCAAGUACUUGCGGAACCUCGAUCCGAACUCGGCCUACUACGACCCCAAGACCAGGUCCAUGAGGGACAAUCCCCAUCCUGAGACUGCUGAGUCGGACUACACGGGCGAGAACUUCGUCCGCUUCUCGGGCGACACGUGCGCGCACUCGGCGGCGCAGCUGUUCGCUUGGGAGGCGCACGCGCGCGGCGUGGACGUGCACCUGCUGGCCGAGCCCACCAAGCUGCAAGUGCUGCAGCGGGACUAUCAUGACAAGUUCCACAAGUUCAAGUCGCAGGUAAAAGAAUCUGUACUGGAAAAGUACGGAGGCGAAGAACAUCUGAAGGUUCCUCCGCGAGAGCUACUCCUAGCGCAGACUGAAGUGUUCACGCAGUACAACCGCGAUGGAACCAUCGUCAAUGGACCUGAGAAACAACUUGCCAAGAGCAAAUACGAGGAGGACGUGUUAAUCAACAACCACACAUCAGUAUGGGGCUCGUAUUGGCGCGACGGACAGUGGGGGUACAAGUGUUGCCACUCCUUUAUCAAGAUGUCAUACUGCGUGGGCGAGGCGGGCAAGUCGGUGGUGCUGGAACUUAAAGACGCUGACAACGAGAAAGCCUCCCCCUCCACGGCUGUCUUCAAGGAGCCAGCGAAGAAGAAAAAAGACAAGAAAGAAAAAGAAAAAUCCGACUCAUCAUCAUCAUCAGACUCGAGCUCGAGCAGCUCCGACUCCGAGUCGGACCACCGCUCCAAAACGGAGAAGACCAGUAAGAAGAAGAAAAAGAAGAAGACCAAAAAGAAGAGGAAGAAGGACAAGAAGGAGCUCAAGAAGGAGGAAGAUAAAUUGAAAAAGGCAUUAGAAGCGGAAGAAAGGCAGCAAAAGCACGCCUCAUAUUUAUUAUCUGUGGACGAGCGAAAGCGGCCCUACAACAGCAUGUACGAGGCCAAGGCCCCUACCGAAGAAGAAAUGGAGGCCUAUAGGAUGAAACGGCAGCGCGAGGAGGACCCUAUGAGCCAGUUCAUGUGAAAUAACAUUUAAAUUUAUAAAUUAUAA